CAGGGAGAAUUACACUGUACUGAUUUCGCAUUAUAACGCCAAUCGCAGCACUAUGCUCAACGAUAUUUUCAUCGCCCCGGUGAAACAAGGCGAGAAGUACCUACAAGAAAUUGACGAUAUUUACCAAAAGGUCAAAGACGGAUUUACUAAGAUUAAUCAUCAUCUAGACACUUUGGGUACCCAAUGGAAUGAAACUGUCACGAACUCUUGGCCGGUUGUUAACGACGUGCUGCGCGUAGUGCAAAGAUACAUGCAUAACAAGAGCUCCAUCUGCGGGAAAAUGACCUUGGCCGAACACGUCAUUCGCCCCAAGGUCAAAGAGACGAUGCAGAAUCUUUAUGAUUUCCUGAAAGAGGUUCUGACAGUUGCAGUCAGUGUGAAUGGACUGUGGACUUGGAUUUAUGAGCAAUUUCGUGAGAGGUUUCUGGAGGAGGUGGUCAUGAAAGACGAGGAUAUUAUAGAGUUCCUCAAACAGUAUAUGCCCGGCUUGGCGGACAAGGAAAGCUUCAUGAACUCCACCACCUACAAGAUGAUAUCUCAAGUUUUAACAAGUCACGAUAUCUGGUUGAACUUUGAGCAGACCGUCCUGGACGUCCAUGCACCAUUCUACGAUGCGUACGGCGAGGUAUUCACGGAUAUGAAAGCUUACAUUCAGUCGAAUGAAGUAGACACCAAAUUUUACAAAGAUAACUUCCUUUCAUUGGUGAUUUACUUUCAAGAAAUGAACUACGAAUUGAUUCAGCAGCAAGAGGCGUACACCAUAUUUGCCCUGUUGAGUGACAUUGGCGGCUCAAUGGGUCUGUUCGUAGGAGGCAGUGUCAUAAGCAUCUUUGAAAUUAUCGACGUAUUUCUGUACAACCAAAUUAGUAAGAAAAUGCAAGAGAAGAAACGACAAAAGAAAAACAAAAAGGCAACAAAUAAAUCAACAGACAACUUCGAGCAGACGACAGUUUAA